UUAUCCAAAGGAAACAAGAAAGCUAUAUAGGCGAAAAGGGCGUCACUUCCGUACUUCUAUAAGCCUUCUCCUCUCCCCGAUGGCGGAUUCCUAUCAUCAUCAUCGUCUCCAUCUCCCUCUCUGUCCGCAAUUCCAAACCAAAGCUUGGAUGGAAUAAAUAUAAUUCCCAGAGGAAUAAUUAGAAUAUGACGCCGCGAACACUCCUCUUCUCCCAAUCCAAUGCGUCCCCCAAAUCCAAUUCCAGCCCCCCCUGUGUAGAAAAGCCUUAGGGCUUGAUCGUCUCUCGAAGGAAACCGGGGGUUUAGGAUUUAACCGCGCCGAUCCGAGAAGCUCUACGAGUGAUGGCGUCGCCAUCGAGUUCGCCGUCUUCGUCCGGGUUUUCUGCGAUCUGCCUCCUCCAUUCCGCGGUGGCGGUGACCUGCGGCGCGCUGAUGAUGUUCUACCUGAACGAGAUCGCGGUCUUCGGGCACGGGAGCGAGACGGCGCAAAAGCUCCAGGGAUCGACCCCCCAUGAUCAGCUCCUGAUCCAGACAUCGGACUCCUUCGCCGGGCUUCUCCUCAUGGCGAUCGGGUUCCUCCUCUUCAUGGUAGCCUUCGUGGAGGAUCGGGACUUCCAGGCCUUCUUCGCGAAAGGCUGCGUCCUCCUCCAUGCUUCCAUGGCCCUCUGGCGCGUCUACUUUGAGCGCCGCGUCGAUGACCUCGCCCGCGACUGGCCUCGCCAGCUUGUGGGUGAUAUCGUGCUCAGCCUCUCCUGGGUCCUCUUCCUCGUCUACUCCUGGCGGGAGAAGUACGACUGAAUGAAAUGUUUCGGGCUACGGAGGUACCCUCUUGAUCCCUUUUGAUUCGGAGGGGAAGCUCAUGAGGGCUACUGGGUUGUAGCUAACCUGUGGUGAUGAUUGCUCUCUUUUGUCCAUCUUUUUUUUCGGGGGUUAAUUUGCUUUGGCUUGUUAUCUUUCAUGAGUCUAGAUGAAUGUGGUUGAUCUUUCAUUUUAUCUAGUCGUCUCACAUUCUUGUAAAAUGUCUUCUCUUGCUAAAAAUAAUAAUGAAUAAUUAUAUGAGCUUCUGCUGUUUGUACAACCUUCGAUCUUAUUAAAAGUGUUGUUAGUAGGCAAA